GCAGGUGAGAGAGGACGGAAAGGGAAGAGAGGGAAGGACAAGCGUGCACCCUCGUCAACACUUCAGAACACACGCACACACACGCAGCGUGGGAGGACGGCAGACACACGGGACCUUAGCAGAAUCUUCACUUCUGACUCUGUUGUUUUUUUCUUUUUGCUCUUCGCGUAAAACAGCACCGUUUGGGACGUAGUUUUUGUCAAGUUUGGUUAUUUUUUGAGCACUCUUGUCUGGGGCUGAGCCUGGUCUGCCAGGCGGAUGAUUUGGUCGCCCUGACUCGGACUGUGGGAUUGUCAGCGACCCAUUAGAGCAGAAUGGAAGUUCAAUCGUCGCUCUUGGAGUGGAUCGACGUGUGGAUCUUUUUGCAGGUAAAAUGACCUGAGCGUGUGCGCGGCUGGGAUUAAUUGGUUUUUUUUUGGAUGCACUUCAACACUUCAAGCACAAACUGUAGAUUAGAUUGUUUUUGUUUUCUGUUCAAAGUGAAGCUCCAUGACUUUUAUCCCUUCCACUUACUGGCACUUUGCAAAGUCACGCUCUUCAUUUAACUUUGCUCCCUCUCAGUAGUUUUGGCGCACGGAGCGCAUCCACUUCUGUUUAUUUUUGGUUUUAUUUUGGUUCUUCACCAAGACACCAAACCUGAAGAACUGUCAACUUCAACCCAAGUUACACCAGAUUCGGAUAAAAAAAAAAAAACAGCGAGAGAAAGGAAAUAAAUUCUCUCCCUCCCAGGACAGCACUGGAAUUAUUGGUUGCAGAAAGUGGAUACAUCUUCCAGCUCUCUGAUUGGCAUCGCAAUGAAGCUGGGACUGGGAUGUGUGUGUCGGCCGGCCUGCUGGCCUGUGGGCAGCGUGCUGGACUCCAGACACUGCGUCUUUGCUCUCACACUCCUCACACUCCUCAUGCAGGUGGUGGUGGAAGCCAACUCAUGGUGGUCUUUAGCCAUGAACCCGUUGCUGAUCCCUGAGGCGUACAUCAUUGGUGCCCAGCCUCUGUGCAGCCAGCUGGCGGGCCUCUCGCAGGGCCAGAAGAAGCUGUGCCAGCUCUACCAGGACCACAUGCAGUAUAUUGGCGAAGGGGCCAAGACGGGUAUCCGAGAGUGCCAGUAUCAGUUCAGACAUCGGCGCUGGAACUGUAGCACAGUGGACAACUCCUCUGUUUUUGGAAGGGUCAUGCAAAUAGGCAGUCGAGAGACGGCUUUCACCUACGCCAUCAGUGCAGCAGGGGUCGUGAACGCAGUGAGCCGCGCUUGCAGAGAGGGGGAGCUGUCUAGCUGCGGUUGCAGCCGCGCUGCUCGGCCUAAAGACCUGCCACGAGAUUGGCUGUGGGGUGGCUGCGGUGACAACCUCAACUAUGGCUACAGGUUCUCGAAGGAGUUUGUGGAUGCUCGUGAGAGGGAGAAGAGCUAUCCAAAAGGCUCACAGGACAGUGCACGACUGUUGAUGAAUCUUCACAAUAACGAGGCUGGCAGAAGGACGGUGUCUGAUCUAGCCCACGUGUCCUGCAAGUGCCAUGGGGUGUCAGGCUCAUGUAGCCUCAAGACCUGCUGGCUCCAGCUAGCUGACUUCCGCAAGGUGGGUGACGCACUGAAAGAAAAGUACGACAGCGCCGCAGCAAUGAAGCUCAACUCACGCGGGAAGCUGGUGCAGAUGAACAACAAGUUCAACCCCCCCACAAGCCACGACCUGGUGUACAUCGAGUCCAGUCCAGACUACUGCCUGCAGAACCAAAGCACUGGCUCCCUUGGCACAGUGGGGCGCCUCUGCAACAAGACCUCGGAGGGGAUGGAUGGCUGCGAGCUGAUGUGCUGUGGUCGCGGUUAUGACCAGUUCAAGGCCCAGUUAGUGGAGCGUUGCCACUGCAAGUUCCACUGGUGCUGCUAUGUUAAGUGCAAGCGCUGCACCAAAAUCGUAGACCAAUUCGUCUGCAAGUGAGACUAGAGGAGCGUUGCAGAUGAUGGCCGUGCAUCAGUGUGAGCGGAGAAGUCGAAGACAGAAUGGAAGAGAGAAACUAUAUAAAUUAUAUUUAUAGAGUUAAACAAUUAUGCCAUUGCAAAGAGACUUGGCUUUUGGUUUUUUUUUCACCCCAAAAAAUUGUAUGUCUUCAGAAACUGAGAGUAUCGUGAAAUAUUUAUUUUGAGAAAAUGUUUUAUUUUGGCCCAGCUGAUUUUUUUUAACUCCUGCAAGUGCCUAAAAAUGGCUGGAAACACUCCCCAACCUAACCCCGCCUUGUCAAUUUCCACAAAAUGUUACUUCUUUUAUCAGAUUUGUUAUAUUGAUAGCAAAAUUGUUUUUCUUUCCAUUUUCUUAGCAAAAGUCAAGUGUUAUACUUGAGGCACAGUUGACUUUGAGGUCCUGGUUUGUUGUAUGACUGUGUUGACAGGGGAAUGCCUGUGUGCUGUAGUGUAUGGAUGGAUGUGUUUUCAUGGGCCUGUUCCCAAACCAGCUCUCGCAUCCUUCCCAAUCCCGACUUCUCCCCUCUCACCUCAUGGAGUUUGAGGGAUCUUGUUGGUUUGUAUCACUCGAUGGAUAAAAAUGGGUUCAGUCAGAGGGCUGUUUUGGGACUGAGCCAUUUUAUUAAGCUGUCCCAGUAGCCUUACUGAUCCACAGGUGCUGCAACAAGCUCUCCACCAUUAUGCACUUUGAUACAGAGGCUUAAACCUGUCUGUAUGCCUGUUCGGCUGUUUCUUACUGCAGUGCAUCAGUUGAUAUAUCAAUAUUAUAGCCAACACUGUGUUCCAUAUUAAUUCAGAAUAUUCAUUUACCAUAGUCUACAAUACAUAACCUGGUUUGAUUAUAUAUGGGCAAUGUUUUGAUUACUUUGGUGAACUAGUCCAUGUUUUAUGUAUAUAGUACGUCUAUUCAACCAAUCAGUAAACUGUAUUUAUUUCCUUUAACCACAUUCUCCUUUGCAGCAGCAAAACAUGGCUCAUUAUGUAAUUGGACAUCCAAUACCUGUAUGCGGUCACUUUUUUUUAUCAUUUCUCACUCACUCAUGCAGCGCUUCACGGUUUAUGUAAAGGGAAAUGCACCUUAUUGUCUAAUCCACCCAUGUUCAUGGUCACUGUUCCACACAAUAUACAUGCCGGAUGUUCUAAUUCUGUAAUGGCUCCACAUUUUCAGUACCACUCAGUUGACCUCUCUCCACCAGUCCAACUUUGUAUAUUUAUAAGCUUCCUCCAUCAAUCUGAGGUUUGUUAAACUUGAUGUGUAAUAGCAAAUAUUUUGUUACUUUUACAAAAUGGCUCAAUGCUCUACUUGGUUUCAAUAAAUAUAUAAAACCAGAAGUAUUUACUCAUAUCAUCCUUGGCAAGUUUUUCAUUGUUUGUGCUCUU